AUGAACUCUCACGUGCCGUCGCAGAUGUUCGGUGCGCUGCCACGCCGAAAGCCGAAUCAGCAUCAUCUCCCGCCACUGCUCCCUCCAUCCUCAUCUUCCCCCAAUGAAACUAUUUCUGCUGUUGGCUGUCGGGCUAUCCCACCUCGAAAUGCCUUGCAAUCACCAGGAAUAUCACGCCAGAGUAGUGCUUCCCCACGCAAUUGCUGUAGUGUCACAACGAUGGGGAUAAUACCCAAGGCCGAUUCGCGUCACGCAGCUAGCCGUGGCGAAAAUGGUGUAGUUGGUUACGCCGUGGAGCAUCAACUGCCCAGUCUGCUCAACAACAUGAUGGAAGACUUGUUACGUGAACGUCCAGAGGAGAAUGUAGAUGGAUGGAUGUUCCAUUGGUUUGAGCGGGCGUACGAGCGGCGUCGGGAGGAGACGCAGCGACGACCGGUACACCCACGUUCCUAG